AUUCUUAAAACUGACAUAGAUUUAUGACAUAUUCUUUAGAACAGGUAACUUAAACCAUACCCUAUUCUUAAGAUUGAUAUAGAUUUAAGACAUAUUCUUUAAAACAGGUAACUUAGAAAUAACUGAUAAACAUGCGAAUGUUACUUAGCAUUGCUUAGAUAGAUAAUUUGUGUUAGAAUAGGUGUGGGAUAUGCUAAUGGUUGUCAAGAAUUGUAAUGCAUAUGUAUGUGAUCAAAUUGUAUAAAUAUGGUGUAGUCUGAAUCAGUGGCUGAAGCCAGCUUUGGGUGCGAACCCCUGGUUUCCCAGCGCUGAAAUAAAGCACCGCAUAUAACUGCACCUGUGGUUAUGUGUCUUGAAUGCUAACAUUUUUGGCGACCCAGAUGGGACCUCGCGAGCAUUGCUGAGGCGGAUCGCGUCUUGAUCCUGCUCCAGCUAGCACCGAGGUAUUCUUGGGGAGUGCAUCGGACGCGACCGACCCUCUGCUGCUCACGACGGACCUCUGACUGGUAAGAAGGUGCUUUAUCUGGAUUGUUGGGUACCCACUUGGUCUGGUUCUGGUCUGGUAGCCUGCUGGUCAGGCAUCUGGUAGCCUGCCGGUCAGACGCGGCGAAAGCCACGCUCGGUUGGGCAGGGAGCUCCCGUGGUAUUGCCUAGGCAGCCGUCCGUCAGACAGAGGGAAACCUCUGCAGGUUCGGCAUCUGGUCUGGUUAUUUGUGCUACUCAGCACCUGGUCUGUAGUUCUGGUGAUUUAAUCUGUAUUUACUGUUGAAACCGGUGAUUUGAUCCUGUUUACUGUUGUUCUGGUAAAGUUACCUGUGUUAUCUUUCUGUGUUAGUUAUCUGUAUCCUUCUCUGUUGAUAUGUCCAAUUCAAACGUAUCGCCGUCAAAUUGCUUUCUGAAACAUUAGAAGAAGGCUGGGUUUGGACAGUUUAUGCAUAAAAGAAGUGUGAUUGUGAUCUGUUUGCAUAUUUGAACUCGGUAUUCGGUUUGCAUGUCUGAGCUCAGUAUUUUAGUUUGUAUGUUUAUAUUUGGUACCAAAAGAAUUUGUUUGGGGAAAUAAUUACGAAAUAAGAACGGUUUCCGUUACUGAAGUGCCACCUUGCUCCCCCUUCAGAUGCAUCUGUACACAUGAAAGUAAAUUGAGUUAGCUGUAUUGCAGUUAGUGUUGUUUUGUGGAUAGACUGAUUUGGAUUUGGAUCUAAAAUUAAUGUCAGGGAUUGAUGUUUAGUAUGCUGUUUAUUGACAUCUGUAAGAAGUUACAAAAGGGUAGGAGCUGAGGGAUGUAACUAUUGUUCAGCUAAUUGGAAUUACAUAUAAAGUUUAUAAUCACAGGAAUUAAAUGAAGAGAGAAAAAGGGCAAAAGGAGCCCAAACCUGUGCCCGUCAGCUUCUCCUUGAUAAGCUGCAGAGAGAAAAAAAAAAAAAGGUGAAAAGCUGACUGUCUGCUAAAGCGGUGGGAAAGGGGGGGGGAGCGGCGGCUGCUAAGGCUGAAGCUGCAGCUCCUCUCCUCCGGGCUCGCCGCCCGCGGGGGAUCAUCAAACGUAAUAGCACCCCUGCGGCAGGCAGUAGGUGUUGGGGGGGAACCAGUCUAUGUAAAAGUCCCGUUUUCGCCGGGAGAUUUAGUGAUCUGGAAGCAAAAGUGAUUAAGGUUGCAAAAGUGAUUAAGAUGAUAAUUAAGACGCAGAAUCCUGAUUGGGAUGAUUUACAAGUCAUUUUAGAUACAUUAAUGGACUCUACAGAAAAAUAUGUGGUUAUACAGGUUGCGAGGGAUAAGGUGAGAGAAGAUAUUUGGAAUGGGAAAGUAGAGGCUAACGUUGAUGAGAACUUUCCAAAAGAAGAUCCCCGAUAAUACAGGAGAUACAGACAAUACAGGAGGCGGGUUAAGCCGUCUCCGGAGGUAUCAGGAUUGGUUAUUGAUUGGCGUUUAAACUGCUAUGCCGAAGCAAAUGAAUUGGUCAAAAUUAUAUGAUGUGAUGCAGGAAAACAAUGAGUCUCCCUCGGCCUUUUUAGAAAGAUUAAAAGAAGCUGCCAAAACCGGGAUGUAAAAUUUUUAGUAGACACAGGGGCUAUUUAUAGUCUCUACUGAAUUCCUUACAGGGGGCGGUAGGUCACAGAGCUACAACAAUUGUUGGUGCCACGGGGAAGGAGGAAGUACGGCCAUUCCUGCAACCUUUGGAUUUGUGUUUUGGAGAAAAGGAGCUAACCCACGAGUUCUUAUAUGUUCCAGAUUGUCCGGUUUCUCUUUUAGGACGAGAUUUGCUGACCAAAUUAGAUGCCACAAUAACAUUUGAGGACGGAAAUUUGGUAAUGAAAGUUCCGGAGUCAAAGGUAGGACAAAUUUUACUAUUAAAGGAAAAUCCAAUUGUGAAAAUACCACAGGCAAUAGAAGAUGCAGUGAUUCCCACGGUAUGGGAAACUGACAUACCUGGGAAGUCAAAGGCAGCUAAACCUGUGAAAGUAGCGCUGAAGGAAGGUGCUGAACCGGUACGAUUAAGACAGUACCCAUUGAAAUUGGAAGCCAGAUUAGGAAUAGUAUCUUUAAUUGAGAAAUUUUUGAAAUAUGGAAUUCUAGAAGAAUGUGAAUCAGAAUACAAUACUCCAAUUUUUCCAGUAAAGAAACCUGAUGGUAGCUAUCGACUAGUCCAAGACUUAUGAGCAAUAAACCAGAUCACUAAGGACAUACAUCCAGUAGUUGCAAAUCCGUAUACCUUGUUAACAUCUGUGAAAGAGAAAUAUAAAUGGUUUACAGUACUUGAUUUAAAAGAUGCCUUCUUCUGCAUACCCCUUGACCAGGAAAGCAAAAAGCUAUUCGCUUUCGAAUGGGAGAAUCCACACAACAGGAGAAAGGCCCAAUUAACCUGGACACGCCUUCCACAAGGAUUUAAGAAUAGUCCAACUAUCUUCGGAAAUCAACUAGCCAAAGAGCUUGAGGAAUGGACUACAAGAGGCCAUAUCGGAAUUCCUCGACAAUGGUAUUUGUUGCUGCAAUAUGUGGAUGAUAUUCUGAUUGCUGCUGAGACCCAAGAACUUUGCAUUCAGGAAUGGCAGGAUGGUGCAGGCUCUGGAUCAUGGACUAUGGACUUAUUGCCAAACCUUUAUACGAGGCACAGAAGAAUAAGACCUUGGUGUGGGAAAGACCACAACAAGAAGCUUUUCAAAAAUUGAAACAGGCCUUAAUGCAAGCGCCUGCUUUGGGCCUACCUGAUCUGAGUAAAGACUUCCAGUUAUUUGUACAUGAACGACAGAGACUUGCUCUAGGGGUAUUAACCCAACGGCUGGGAUCUUGGAAAAGGCCUGUAGGUUAUUUCUCUAAACAACUUGACCCGGUAAGUGCUGGAUGGCCGGCGUGCUUGCGGGCGGUGGCUGCUACCGUGAUAUUAAUUCAGGAAGUCCGGAAACUGACUAUGGGGAAAAGGAUCGAAGUGUUUGUAUCCCAUAUGGUGACUACUGUAUUGGAACAAAAGGGGGGCCAUUGGCUUUCCCCAAGUAGAAUGAUGAAAUAUCAGGCAAUUUUAACAGAGCAGGAUGAUGUUAUCCUAAAAACAACUAACCUAAUGAAUCCAGCUGUGUUUUUAAGCGCAGAGACUGAAGAAGAAAAUCUGGAACAUGAUUGUGUGGAGGUCAUUGAAUAUACCCACGCAAGUCGACCUGACCUGAAAGAUACCCCAUUGGAGAAGACGGAUUGGGAGCUUUUUACUGACGGCAGUAGUUUUGUGGAAAGCGGAGUGCGGUAUGCAGGAUACGCGAUUACUACUGCCAAAACAGUAAUUGAAGCUAAAUCCCUACCACCAAACACAUCAGCACAGAAAGCUGAGUUGAUAGCCCUAACUAGGGCAUUAGAGCUCAGUGAGGACAAAAGGGUCAAUAUUUGGACCGACUCAAAAUAUGCAUUCGGGGUUGUUCAUGUACAUGGAGCUCUUUGGAAAGAGCAUGGACUACUCUCCUCCCAAGGAACAAACAUCAAGUACCAAAAAGAAAUAUUGAACUUGAUUAAUGCCGUUCAAAAGCCAUCACUAGUUGCCAUCAUGCACUGUAAAGCUCAUCAGAGUGGGACAUCAACAAUUAUUGAAGGAAACCGACUUGCUGAUCAAACAGCCCGAUCAGUGGCACGACGAGUCUGGAUGAUGGUGGGUCUUGUCUCCCAAAAGGUAAGAGCAAUUGAUUUAUUACCUACACCUUCAGAGGCACCUGAAUAUUCUACAGAAGAUGAGAAAUUGGCAAGACUAGUAAAAGCCGUCAAGGAUAAUUCUGGAUGGUAUGUAACCACCAACGGACAAAUUGUGGUCCCGAUCACAAUUAUGAGAGGGAUACUUCAGGCGGAGCACCAGAAGUGUCAUUGGGGUGCAGAAGCAUUGGUAACUUAUCUAAGAAAACAAAUUAUCUCGGUCCAGAUGUUAACAAUGGCAAAAUCUAUCACAGCUAAGUGUGAAAUUUGCUUGAGAAAUAAUCCUUUAGUUAAAAGAAAAGUAGAUAUGGGAAAAAUUAGGACAGGUGUACAACCAGGGGAUUGUUGGCAGAUAGAUUAUGUGGAACUCCCCAAAACUCGAGGAUUCAGAUAUCUGUUAGUUGGGGUAUGCACCUUUUCAGGAUGGCCAGAAGCCUUCCCUUGUCGCACCAACCAGGCACAAGAAACUGUAAAAUGGUUACUGAAGGAAAUAAUUCCUAGAUUUGGAGUACCAUUGGGAAUAUCAUCUGAUAGGGGACCGCAUUUUGUUGCUCAAGUGGUAAAGGAAGUCAGUAGAUGUUUGGGAAUUAAAUGGGAAUUACACACCCUGUGGAGACCCGAGUCUAGUGGCCAGGCGGAGAAAAUGAAUCAGACGUUAAAACGACAACUUAGCAAAAUUUGCCAAGAAGCAAAAUUUAAUGGCCCCAGGCCUUACCAAUAGCGUUAUUGCGAAUUAGGAUUAAACCUAGGAGUGGAAUGUCGGUAAGCCCAUACGAAAUUCUGUAUGGCAAACCAUAUGAAGCACCUGAUCCGAAUCCAAGUGUACAUGUAAAAGGUAAUCAGGAUGUGUACAAUUAUGUGUUGUCUCUCGGCAAGACAUUGAAUCGACUCAGAUCCGUAUUAGUGUGGAAUCGCCCACUAGCACUUGAGAAUCCGGUACAUGAUAUAGAACCUGGAGACAUGGUGUAUAUAAAGACUUGGAGAGAAGAUCCUUUAAAAGAACGUUGGGACGGACCUUAUCAAGUACUUUUAACUACAUUUACCGCAAUUAAGGUUGCUGAAAUAGACUCCUGGAUACAUUACACCCGAGUGAAGAAAGUCCCGAAACUGUGGCAAUCACGACGCAGGAUGUCUAACUUUUGUUACCGUUUUGUUUUUGUAGUAGUUUAUGUACCCAGACUGUAUGCCACACUGAUUUGCAAAGUCGCUGGAGAACAAUUAUGUAAAACACGAAGGGCUAUAGGAGAUAGUGACGAUACUCAAAUGCCACAAGUAGUACAGAGUGUACAGAAUCAGGCAGAGAAUCUGAUGAUAGGACUAAUUCGAGAUUUUGCACAAACCCAAAAUGUCAGUAGCAUCACUGCUUGUCUUCCCAUCCCGAAAUCAGCUGAAGAUCCGGUACAGUGGGGAAUAAUAUCUAUGACCUUACCAGAAGUAAAUAAGACUGGUAAGAUAGUGUGUGAGUCCCAUACUAAAAUAGAGCAAGUACCAAUUGAACAACGGACAAAAGAGCUUGUUAAGAAUGCCAUGAUAAAAAGAGGUGACUGCUUAAAGUUGCCAGGAGCAGAAUUUGUAAAGAUAUGACGAUUUCAUAAUAUUGGGUAUUGCACGUAUGAAAUGUGGACCACCAAAACAGUAUAUUAAAAGGUUGAGCGAGCCUAUUGGGAAUGUAAAGAUCAGGAUAAUCAGAACAUAACUGAAUCAUGGGAUAACAUGUGGACGUUGAGUAUAGUACAGCAAUAUCAAUAUAGCGAAGCAUUUCCAUGGUGUAUACGAUGGACCAAUGUAACAAGAGGAGUAACAGUACCGUGGUGGAAUUGCUCUCAAGUAAUGACCUGCCAGACAGAUGUGAAAGAAAUACCUCUGUCCAUCAUUAAAGUUGCAGUAAUCGCAGGUUGCAUUUGUCAGAAACAAUUGGAUCCAAAGGAAGCAAUCAAAAUGGGCAUUGAUGGAGAUAAGAUAGAUUGUAGAGGAACUAUAGGUAGUGUGGGACAUUUGGUUUGGGCCUUAAGUGAUGGAACCUGGACAACACAUUUACCGAUAGCAGGACCAGUAAGGGAGGUUACUUUGGGGUUACCAACCCUAUGUCCCAUUUGGAAAAGGUCACCCUUGAAGAAUAGGCAAGAACUCCUACAAGUUAGGCACAAGCGAGAGAUAGAUGAAGAUGAUGUGUGGCACGAGCCAUCGGGUAGUGUUAAAUUCGGCUGGGCAUUAGAAUCUUUCUUUGCACCAAUCGCAGCCUAUAGAAACAGAGAAAUGAUUGACAGAUUAAUUGGACAGAUGGAUCGAUUGGCAAGGGUAACCAAAAAGGGUUUUCGAGAAUUCAAUAUACAAUUGCAAGCUACGACCAAAAUGACUUUGCAGAACAGAAUGGCACUUGACAUAAUGUUGCUAAAAGAAAAUGGGGUUUGUGGAUAUUUAAAAGAUAGGGUUGAUCAUUGCUGCAUUCAUAUCCCAAACGUAACCUCUGAAGUGGAAAAGGAUAUUUCCCAGUUAACCCAAACAGAAGAAGAACUGCAAGCGGAAAAACAAGAUGUAGAGCAGAGCUGGGUUGGGGCCUUGCUAGGCAAAUUGAACCUGAACCUGGGAGGAUGGGUACAUUCAUUAUUGGAGAGUUUAUUUUUGCUUGCCAUUAUAGUUACUCUUUUCUUUUGCUUUAUGCUUGUAUUAAGCAUCAAAUAAGUCAAUCAAACGCAAAGAACGACCGCAUCUUUACUGUUCGUAGCAGAUCCACUUUUGACAACCCUCCAGCUUAUAAGGAAAAUAUAAUGUAGUGAAAAUGCAUUGUCUAGGAAUAGAAAAGCAUUUUCAAAGGGGGGAAAUGUUAUAGUUGAAUUGAAUUUUGUGGGCUGUGUUUUGAUUCUGUAGACCGUAUCCAAGAUUCUUAGCUUUGAUACUGUAUCCAGGUUCAGAAUGUGCAUUCAAGCAUGAUUUUAUAUAACCAUACCCUAUUCUUGAAAUUGACAUAGAUUUAUGACAUUCUUUAGAACAGGUAACUUAAACCAUACCCUAUUCUUAAGAUUGAUAUAGAUUUAUGAUAUAUUCUUUAAAACAGGUAAAAACAGGUAACUUAGAAAUAACUGAUAAACAUGCGAAUGUUACUUAGCAUUGCUUAGAUAGAUAAUUUGUGUUAGAAUAGGUGUGGGAUAUGCUAAUGGUUGUCAAGA